ACUGGCGGGGGCCCCGCGCGGGCACCCUGAGCUGCUCCCGCUCCUUCCACAACCUCUCGCACCCGCCCCCCCCCUACGAGGGGCCCCCCCCCCCGGAGCUGGGGCGCUGCACGUCCCUGCGGCGCCUGGCCGACCGGGACCCGGAUGAGCCCUGGCGCACCUAUUGGGCCCCGGCCUGGGCUCCGCCCCCUCGCUCCGCCCUGCCGCUGGCUCCGCCCACCCCCCGCGGAGGCCCCGCCCCCCGCCGCGUGCUCUCGCAGGAGCUGCUGCUGGCGGGGGGGGGGAUGGGGCGGGACCAUGCCCCGCGCGCGGGGGGGGCGGCGCGACCCCGCCCCCUCCCCGCGGCCCCUCCCCCACGCCACCUCCCACAGCAGCCUGGCGGGGGGCGGGGCCAGGCCCGGAGGCUCCUCCCCUUCGCCGCCGGCUCCGCCCCCUGGCCCGCCCCCCCGCCCCCUCCCCCCGCGCACCCCCCCCGCCGCCUGCAGCGGCAGAGCACGGCCGAGCUCCAGCUCCUGCCGGGGCCCCUCCCCCCACCCCCCACCCCCACCCCUCCCCCACGGGCACCACCUGAGAACCGGGAGCCGCACCGAGGUCACCGUCCAAUGAUGUCACAGCCCCGUCAGCGCGGCAGCCAAUCGCGUCACUCGAUGUCAUUGCACCGGAAACUGGUGAUGUCACACUCGGCAGCUGAUGACGUCACAGCCGUCCGAUGA